AUGUCACUUAUACAAAAAAAUGAAAGCAAAAAUGAAUCUAAAAGUGCAAAAAACCUCCUCUCUCAAUCUUUCAACAUAGCUACAGAAGCUAAAAACCAAAUUUUAUUGGCAGAAAAUGCAAAACGAAAAGAUGAACCUCAGAACUUAGAACAGUCGACAUUCAAAAGAAACUUGGAUGUCGCUGCUAGUAGAUUGGGGAUCAAACGUAAAAAUAAUGAAGGUUCAGAUCCUGCCACCACAGACACCAAUAAAAAGCCGAAAAUAGAGAACGAUAAAAAUGGUUAUCAUAUUCUUUCCAAGAGCAAUAGUAAAAUUACAAAAAAAACUAUAAAUGAAAAUGUAAUAUUGGAAGUUCCUGGCAUAAAAGAUUUACAAUAUUUUAAGGCAUCUGACAAACAAUUUUUUGGAGAGCUAUUAUUUAAAAGAACAGACAAAGUUGAAAAGAGCGAAUCUGAUAAAAAAUUAUACAAAGUGUUGAAAUGUUUAUUACGCAUAAAGAAUGGGCUUCCCUCAAGUAGGAAAGUUGCAAUGAAAUCAUUGGUAGAUCAUGCAGAAAUCUUAGGACCUAAACUUAUUUUCGAAAGACUUUUGCCAAUUAUAUUAGAAAAAACAUUGGAAAACCAGGAAAGGUUCGUGUUGCUUAAAACUUUAGAUAAGUUGCUUUAUAAACUCCAAAAAAAUUCAAAACCAUUUAUUGGAACCAUACUAAUGGUAAUAUCGCCUUUACUUUUCAGUGACGAUCCUGUUUCCAAAAAGGUUGGAGAAGACGUGACAACAACUUUAGCUCAUUCAGUAGGUGCAGCAAACAUGAUCACUACCAUUAGAUACAGUGUAGAUGACCAAGAUGAUUAUAUACGAAACGUGACAGCCAGGAUUUUAGCUUUAACUGCAAAGUCAUUGGGGCCAGGUAAUCUGCUUCCGUUCAUUAACGCUGUAUGUCACAGCAGAAAAAAGUGGGAGGCAAGACACACGGGUAUCAGAUCAGUCCAACAGUUGGCUAAUUUGAUGGGGAGUUCCUUGUUACCCUAUUUAAACAUUCUUAUUGACUGUAUCAAGGACGGGUUAGAUGACGAAGCUAUUCAGGUGAGAAUGAUCACCGUAAGCUGCAUAACUGCCCUUGCCACUGCAUCUAGACCCUACGGGUUUGGAAGUUUUGAACCGGUUUUAGAGGAGUUAUGGAAGGGUGCAAAAUCUCAUAGGGGCAAAAUGUUAACCUUCUUUUUAAGAGCUAUGGCUGCUUUGGUGCCACUUAUGGAUAAAGAAUACGCGAGUUAUUAUUCGCGAGAAAUAAUGCGUAUUGUCCAAAGGGAAAUCGCAUCUCCAGAUGACGAAAUGAAAAAAACGGUUUUAUUAACUAUACAACGAUGUGUUGAAACUGAAGGUGCUGUCACUAUUACGUUCUUAAAGGAAGAGCUUGUCCCCAGUUUUUUCAAAUAUUACUGGAAUCGUCGUAUUGCCCUAGACAUUGGUAUCAGCAAGAUGGUAGGGUUUACUACUGUCCUUUUGGCCAAGAAAAUGGGUCCAGCCCUUGUGCUUCAAAAUAUUAUAUCCCGUUUAAAAGAUUCAUCAGAACCCUUGCGAGUAAUGACAGUUCAAUCGAUAGACAACAUUUUCAAGGAAGUUGAGAAUUUCGAAAGAAUCAGUACCUCUUUAGAGACUCAGAUUGUGGAUGGUCUUUUAAUUGCAUUUCAAGAACAAUCUAGCGACACAAUGGUUUUUGUGCGUGCGUUUUCAACAGUUGCUUCAUAUUUGGGAGAAAGAAUGGAACAAUACCUACCACCAAUUAUAAGCACCAUAUUGCACAGGAUGAAGAAUAAAAGUUCUGUGGUCCGUAAACUUUCUGCAGACCUAUGUUGCGAAUUAGUACCUGUUUGUAAGAAAUGUGGCCAAGAAGAACUAUUGUUGAAAUUGAAUGUCAUCUAUUAUGAGUCUUUAGGGGAAAGCUACCCUGAAGUGUUGGGUUCCGUGCUAAAAGUGUUGAAUGGAAUAGUUUCCUCCACUCAGGAUUUAACUCAUCUACAACCUCCCAUAUCCCAACUUUUACCAACAUUGACUCCAAUUUUGAAAAACUCAAAUGUGAUAGUUAGCGAUACCCUUUUAAAAUUAAUCAGUAAUAUAGCGCAACGAGCAGCCGAUUAUAUACCUCCAAAGGAAUGGAUGAGGAUUUGUUUUGAAAUAUUAGAAAUAUUGAAGAGUCCUAACAGAAAUGUCAGAAUACAAGCUAAUGAAACAUUUGGCUUUAUAGCAGAAUCAAUCGGUCCUCAGGAUAUAUUGGUAUCCUUAUUAAACAAUUUGAAAGUUCAGGAGCGUCAAUUGCGUGUGUCAACUUCUGUGGCUAUUGGCAUUAUUGCAAAGAAAUGUGGACCAUACACUGUUAUCCCAGCAUUAAUGAAUGAAUACAAAACACCAGAUACCAACGUUCAAAAUGGUAUUCUAAAGGCACUUGCAUUUCUAUUUGAAUACAUUGGAGAGUUGGGUUGUCCUUAUAUAUAUUUAAUUUCACCCAUCUUGCAAGAUGCAUUGACAGAUCGUGAUUUAGUUCACCGUCAAACAGCAGCAACAAUUUUAAAAAAUAUUUCAUUAACCUGUCAUAGUAAUGGUAAAGAAGAUUGUUUUAUACAUUUAUUGAAUUUACUAUUACCAAACAUCUUCGAAACGUCACCACAUGCUAUUAUUAGAAUAAAGGAAGCGUUAGACGCUGUGAGAAUUGCAGUUGGCCCCGGUGUCUUUAUGAAUUAUAUCUGGGCUGGGAUGUUCCAUUCUUCAAGAAAAGUUAGAAAGGCCUUUUGGAGCAUUUAUAAUAAUGCGUAUGUUCAGCAAUGUGACUCUAUGGUACCAUAUUAUUUAGACAUUAAAGGAUAUGAAGUUGAAGAACUGAAUUAUGUAUUGUAA